UCCCAAAAGCGGAAAAGCCACGAUGACCAGGCCUCACACUGGCAGUGAGCCACCACUGGUGAUGCAUCUGCUGCUCUGUUGCACGUUUCUCCUGGCCUUCGCUGCUCCGGCGACCACCGCAGCCUCCGCCCCCGCCCCGGCUCCGACCCCGGCGAAGCAGACCAUGACGUGGGACGUGGAGUACAUCAUGUGGGCGCCGGACUGCCAGCAGCGGGUGAUGAUCGGGAUCAACGGCAAGUUCCCCGGGCCCAACAUCACCGCCCGCGCCGGCGAGACCCUCAGCAUCACCGUCAACAACAAGCUGCACACGGAGGGCCUCGUCAUCCACUGGCACGGGAUGCGGCAGGUGGGCACGCCGUGGGCGGACGGGACGGCGUCCAUCUCGCAGUGCGCCGUCAGCCCGGGGGACUCGUUCACCUACGAGUUCGUCGCCGACAAGCCGGGGACCUACUUCUACCACGGGCACUUCGGGAUGCAGCGGGCGGCGGGGCUGUACGGGUGGCUCGUCGUGGACGCCACGGCGGAGCGGGGCGAGCCGUACCGGCGGGACUACGACGGCGGCGAGCUCCGCAUGCUGCUCAGCGACUGGUACCACGACAACGUGUACGCGCAGGCGGCCGGGCUGGAGCAGAAGUACGAUCACUUCCAGUGGGUCGGCGAGCCCCAGACGAUCCUCGUCAACGGGCGAGGGCAGUACGACUGCAUGCUCGGCGCGGUCACGAGGUUCCACCGGGGCAUCGACCCGCGCGCCAGGACCUGCGUGCGGGGCAAGGAGGCCAAGCUGUGCGGCGACGAGGAGAGGUGCCUCCGGCGCAGCGAGUGCGGGCCCUACUGCCCGGAGAGCCAGUGCGCCCCCGUGGUGCUCGACGUGGAGCCCGGCAGGACGUACCGGCUCCGGAUCGCCAGCACCACCUCCCUCGCCGCCCUCAACGUGCAGGUCCAAGGGCACGAGCUGACGGUGGUGGAGGCCGACGGCAACCCCGUGGAGCCGUUCACCGUCGCUGACAUCGACAUCUACUCCGGCGAGAGCUACUCCGUGCUCCUCACCACCAACCACACGCCGACGUUCUACAGGUCGGGGUCCUUCUGGGUCUCCGUCGGCGUGAGAGGACGGCCUCCCAAGACGCUGCCGGCCACCGCCGUCCUAAGGUACACCAACAGCAGGUUCCCGUGGCCGGGCAGCCCGCCGCCGGCGACUCCGGCGUGGUACGAUCUGCAGCGCAGCAAGGACUUCGCCCGCAGGAUCAAGGCCCGGAGGAACGCCGCCGAGGCGCCGCCGCCGCCGCGGACGGAGCAGGUGAGCCGGAGGAUCGUGAUGCUCAACACGCAGACCCUGGUAGACGGGCACAUCAAGUGGGCCGUCAACAACGUGUCCCUGACGCUCCCGACCACCCCGUACCUCGGCGCCUACUUCUACGGCGUGCAGGGCAGCGCCUUCGACGCCUCCGGCGAGGCGCCCAACGGGUUCCCCGGCGGCUACGACAUCGACCUGCCGCCGGAGAACAACAGCUACGAGGCCACGCUCAGCGACCGGGUGUACGAGCUGGCGCACGGCGCCGUGGUGGACGUGGUGCUCCAGAACGCGGACAUGCGGAGGGACAACGACAGCGAGACGCACCCGUGGCACCUGCACGGCCACGACUUCUGGGUGCUGGGGUACGGCGAGGGGCGGUACACCGGCGGCGAGCGCCUCAACACGGAGGACCCGCCGCUGCGGAACACGGUGGUGGUGUUCCCGCACGGGUGGACGGCGAUCCGGUUCGUCGCCGACAACGUGGGCGCGUGGGCGUUCCACUGCCACAUCGAGCCGCACCUCCACAUGGGCAUGGGCGCCGUCUUCGUCGAAGGGGCCCACAUGAUACGCGAGCUGGACGUGCCCAGAGAGGCAAUGAUGUGCGGGGUGAUCAGGACGACGGUCGCAGCCCUGACUCCCGCUAAGCCGGGCUCGCCGGCGCCGGCGCCGUGACGGCCAUCGGCUCAUGGAUAAGCUCCUCCUCGCAUGCCUGUACCAGUAUAUCCGUGGUCACUUGUGAAUGCGCGGUGCAAAACAAAGGCUUUCCAGUCAGAACUCUAGCGUGUUUUCACUGCAUUCUCAGUGAAUAAAGUUUUAUAUUGAUAAAGAAAAAAGUCUGCUUUCUGAUAAACGUCGUCUUGUAUAUAAUGAAAAGAUAAUUGUUUUGAAAUUUUCUUAGUCCUCCGCCAUCAGGGUACUAUCGAAUGAAAUCAUUCCACCACCGAGAAAUUUAUGCACCAAGAAAUAUCCAGCGAACUGCGUGUAAUAUGACAUGAAACAAAUGGAACAGGCAUGGUCAAUCAAGAUCCGAAACAGUACAGGAGCACUCAGUAUUUUUAGAAUUA